AUGUCAUCUUAGCCGCCCGCCUUCUAAACAGUGAAGGACUGUCUGCAUGAAUCGCUUCCUGUGCGUGCGUUAUACAAAAACAACACGCUGGAGGCGAAACCUGGUCUGGUCUGUGCCUGAUGCUGUCCAGUGCACUUCGCUGCCUGCGUCCCUCCACCUGCACACUUGUCUUAACCAGACAGCUGACCCAUCACCGGCCCCACAUGGCUCCUGUAGAGACCACAAUACGGGCCAAACUGACCCAGACCCUCAAACCUGAGCAUCUGGAGGUCAUAAACGAGAGUCACAUCCAUGCUGUGCCCGCUGGUUCAGAGUCCCACUUCAGAGUUCUGGUGGUGAGUCCUCAGUUUGAGGGUCUUUCCCUCUUGCAGCGUCAUCGGCUUGUAAACGAGACCCUGCGGGAGGAGCUCAGCAGCUGCAUUCAUGCGCUCGCCAUCCAGGCUAAGACGCCACAGCAGUGGAGCAGCAACCCCAGCCUGGCCAAAAGCCCCCCAUGCAUGGGAGGAUCCAAACAUGAUAACACAAUCACUGAGAAACUGAAAGCGGGCCGAGACUGACUGUCAUUUCAGAAACAGAAUCUCAGUGUUGAUGGGUAUUUAAUAUUAUAAUAAUCAGAUAAGAAGUUAAUCAGUUGGUUUUUUGCACAUUUAACUCAUGCAUAUUUCUCAUCUGGAGCUGACCGGGACUAAUACUUAAUAAUUAAUUGAUGUCAUACACACAUUAUUAUUAUUAUUAUUAUCAUUAUGCAAUUUGUUCUUAUUAGCCUGGACUGGUUUAAUACUAUAAUAAAACAUGAUUUUUGCACUUGGAAUAAGAAAUAAUGUAUAGCACAGCCCUGCAUUUAAAAAAAACAUUUCUGCUGAUUUGCCAAAAAAGGCCUAAUGUUACCUAAUUUGAUGAUGAGUUCAAAAAUAUCAAUAAAACUACAGUAUUUUUCCUUA